AUGCUUGAGGCCGAGGAUCUGGGUGACGUUGAGGUUGAUCCUGUGGUUGUCGUGGAUGGAGCUGAUGUUGAUGUUGAUGUUGCUGAAGUAUUUGAUCCCGUGGUAGUACUGCUCGUGGAGGACUUCAGUCCGCUGGUGGUGCCCGUGGUUAUUGUCGAUGAUGGGGGAAAUGUGGAUGGUAUGGAUGUUGGAGUACUGCUCAUAAUCAACGCCCUCGAAGUCGUCAACGAACUUGUCGCGCCAGUGAAAGUUGGUGUACUACUGCCUCCGAUGCUUGCAGCUGCGCUUGCAGAUGAACUCGGUUUUGACGAGGUGGUCGAAGUGGUCGGUAGAGUUGAAGUUGACAAAGACACGGAACUGGAUCUUGAACUUGAACUUGCUGUCAUCGAGCUUGAAGCGCCUGAUGAUGAGCUGAAGGUGCUAGCCGAUCUCGUGGAUGUUGACGAUGUGGCUGAAACAAUAUUGGAGCUGGUAGUACUGGAAAAUGUAGCUGUGGACGUUGAUGUCGAGAUUGUGACCGUCGAAGUACUGACGCCCCUGCUCGAGGUUGUGGAUGAAGCUAACCCAGAGUUCAUGCUCGUUGAUGAUGCUUGCGUUGUGGCUGUGGAUGUGCUAACGGAUGAGAAUUGA